AUGAAGAGUUGUGAAGAAUGGAAACCUUUUAUGAUAAUGAUGGCAAUUGAUGUUUCUUUUGCUGUUGUGAAUAUUCUUCUCAAGAAAGUCCUUGAAGAAGGAAUGAACCAUUUGGUUUUUAUCACGUAUCGUCUCUCGAUUGCUACUGUUUUUGUAGGCUCGAUCGGUUACUUUAAGGAAAGAAAUAGCAGGCCACGACUCACAUUUCGAAUUUUAUGCUACCUCUUCUUCAGUGCCAUUGUUGGAGCAUCAGUCACACAAUACUUCUUCCUCUUGGGAAUCCAGUAUACUUCAGCUACAUUUGCUUGCGCUUUUGUCAACAUGGUGCCCGUGGUCACAUUCCUAUUGGCAUUGCCAUUUGGAUUAGAGACUGUGAACAUCAAAUGCAACAGUGGAAGAGCCAAGAUUCUUGGUACAUUGGUGUGUAUAGUUGGAGCAUUGAUGUUGACACUUUUCAAAGGAAAGGGUCUGUUUAAUUUUUCUCACUCUGAGUCAUCAUUGAAGCUACUAGCAUCUACAAGAGCACCAGAGAAAUGGACUAUUGGUGUCAUAGCUUUGAUUUUGGGAACACUCUUUUGGUCUUCUUGGUUCAUUUUACAAUCUAAAAUAAGUAAAAGAUAUCCAUGCCAGUAUUCUAGCACCGCAAUCAUGAGUUUCUUCGGCGCCAUUCAAUCAGCUGUCAUUUGCUUGUUCAUUGAUCAUAACUUGUCUAUAUGGGCUCUCAGAGGAAAGAUACAAAUAAUUGCUAUUUUGUAUGCGGGAAUAGUUGGAUCAGGUUUGUGUUUUGUGGGCAUGUCAUGGUGUGUCAAGAAGAGAGGUCCGGUCUUUACCGCAGCAUUCAGUCCAUUUGUUCAGAUAAUGGCAGCCAUGAUUGAUAUUCCUGUCUUGCAUGAACAACUCUAUCUUGGAAGUGUGGUGGGAUCAAUCUUGGUGAUGGUUGGACUAUACAUUCUUCUAUGGGGUAAGAGCAAGGAAGUUCAGAAACGUUUGAUUAAGCUUGCAGAGGAAGCUGAAAAAACCAAAGAACAAGAGCCACAACCUCAAAUACAAGUCUUAACAGUGUCUUGUGACUCACGGUGUCAAUAA